AUGUUUGCCCCAAGAGCGCUUGGUCGUCAGGCCAUGCACCUCCCUAGGUGGGCCCAGGCUCGCUCAGUGUCUACAUUGGAAGGGAACCCUCACAUUUAUGUGUUCCGCGGUGAUGGACCGAAUGAUCCGCAUAUCCUCUCACUGCUACCCUCCGAGCCAGUCAAUUCAAAACUUGCUAUUGGAAUGACCUCCAAACUGCCGCCAACCACAGACUCGGUCACAGAGAAUCCCAAGUUCCUCAGCAUUCUCCAAGAAGUCUUCUCGAAACAUGCACACGAGGAUCCCGAUGCACAAUCUCAGGCACAAGUCAUGGUAUCAACAUCGGGAGCGAAUUUGAGCUCCGGCGGUGUAUUGUUGACUGGCAAGCGCGCGAGGAGACGGCGCGCCGAGGUGGGCGACUCGGCUGGUGGUGCCAGUGGUCAAGGAGGUGUGGGAUCUGCUGGCCGUGGCGGCUGGAUUCACAUCUCAGACAACAGGCGGCCACCUGAUUAUGGAAGAAUUGCAUGGCCAGAGGACAUUUUUGGAAGUCUCGAGGUGGAUGGCCAGGGCCAAUUCGUUGGUGGAAAUGGAAAUUACCAGGCCAGUGGUACCUACAGACUUGUGACGCGGGAUGGAAUUUUGGGAUUGAGUCCAUUCCUCAGAGAAAAGCUCGUGCAAAGGUUGCGUGAACUUGAGAAACAGUAG